UUGGACACAGUUCCUUUAAAACCUUUGUUCAAGUCAUAGUUGUACCUUUUAGAUAUAAGGCACAAACAACAUCCAACCCAACCGGUCCCUCUGGGCUAAAGUCCCAGAGAGAAAUAAGGGAUAUGCCUGACCUGCAGUGAGCAAAGCAGAACCCAGUCUCUGAGGUGGUGAGGCCCACCCAGUGUGCAGCUCAAAGGUGCCACUGUUCUGCUUCUCUUUAUAAAGGGAGCUGCCACGUUUCUCCCAGCACAGAGUUGGGAGUGACCCCAGAGCCUCCAGAAAGAUGCUGCUGAUUCUGCUGUCAGUGGCCCUGCUGGCCCUGAGCUCAGCUCAGAGCUUAAAUGGAGAUGUCAGCCAGGAAGAAUCUCCCUCCAUAAGAUCAGGAAAGCCAGAAAGACCAGCCCCACAAGGAGGCAACCAGCCCCAAGGUCCCCCACCUCAUCCAGGAAAGCCAGAAGGACCACCCCCACAAGGAGGAAACCAGUCCCAAGGUCCCCCAGCUCGUCCAGGAAGGCCAGAAGGACCACCUCCACAAGGAGGAAACCAGUCCCAAGGUCCCCCACCUCGUCCAGGAAGGCCAGAAGGACCACCCCCACAAGGAGGAAACCAGUCCCAAGGUCCCCCACCUCGUCCAGGAAGGCCAGAAGGACCACCCCCACAAGGAGGCAACCAGUCCCAAGGUCCCCCACCUCGUCCAGGAAGGCCAGAAGGACCACCCCCACAAGGAGGCAACCAGUCCCAAGGUCCCCCACCUCGUCCAGGAAGGCCAGAAGGACCACCCCCACAAGGAGGAAACCAGUCCCAAGGUCCCCCACCUCGUCCAGGAAAGCCAGAAGGACCACCCCCACAAGGAGGAAACCAGUCCCAGGGUCCCCCACCUCGUCCAGGAAAGCCAGAAGGACCACCCCCACAAGGAGGAAACCAGUCCCAGGGUCCCCCACCUCGUCCAGGAAAGCCAGAAGGACCACCCCCACAAGGAGGAAACCAGUCCCAGGGUCCCCCACCUCGUCCAGGAAAGCCAGAAGGACCACCCCCACAAGGAGGAAACCAGUCCCAAGGUCCCCCACCUCGUCCAGGAAGGCCAGAAGGACCACCCCCACAAGGAGGAAACCAGUCCCAAGGUCCCCCACCUCGUCCAGGAAAGCCAGAAAGACCACCCCCACAAGGAGGAAACCAGUCCCAAGGUCCCCCACCUCGUCCAGGAAAGCCAGAACGACCACCCCCACAAGGAGGCAACAAACCUCAAGGUCCUCCACCUCAUCCAGGAAAGCCAGAAGGACCACCCUCACAAGGAGGCAACAAACCUCAAGGUCCCCCACCUCGUCCAGGAAAGCCACAAGGACCACCCCCACAAGAAGGUAAUAAACCUCAACGUCCCCCACCUCCAGGAAAGCCACAAGGACCACCCCCACCAGGAGGCAAUCCCCAGCAGCCUCCGCCACCUCCUGCUGGAAAGCCCCAGGGACCACCUCCACCUCCUCAAAGGGGCAGACCACCCAGACCUACCCAGGGACACCCUCCCCAGUAAUCAAGGUUCAAUGACAGGAAGUGAAUAAGAAGAUGACAGUGAUUCAAAUGAUUCAAAUGCCAUGACAUUGGAGGAAGGUGGUCAUUUCAUAGCUCUACCUUUAAUAUACCAAUAAAAUAAACAGCUCGCAAUUUC